AUGCACUUUUUUAAACAUAAAGCUUCAAGCCAGAAUCGUUCCAACGAUACCAAAGAGGAUCUUGAGCAGGCGGUAUCCUCUCAGACGCCGGCACCUCUGUCGCCUACAACGCAAAACUUUCCUGGUAUGGCGAAGCCUCUGACAAGGCCUCUCUUCCGAGAGCCUGGGGCAUCCGUAUCUUCCCUAGAAACAGGAGAAGAACAUUCGAAUGCUAAGCCUCGCCCACGUGGACAGGGUAAAGCGGUGCAUAAAAAAAAAAAGAGGAAGAAAACACCAUGGAUACGACUUCGCAAAUUGUCCAUGAUAUCACAAGCCGUUGUGAUACCGUGUUGGAGCGUGCGCACCAACUGCUAG